CUUUGCUUAGGGCCAUGAAUCAGAUUCAGGAAGGUGUUGAACAGGUUUAAAGAGCGCUAACAAUGUCAACUCGUGUUCAGACCUGACAGAGCUGCGUUCCCUCAACAGCAUAAAGGCUCUCACAGCGUCUCCUAGAUGGCGUACUCCACCAGCACCCUUGCAGAGGGCUGUUUUGGGAAAGUGUACAAGGAGAAGUACAAUGAUACCUGGGCUGCUAUUAAGAAAGUUCCUCAGCAUCUCAUCAGCUGGAAGGAUCUGGAGAGAGAGAGUGAAGUGUACAACAAGGCAAAACAUCCCAACAUAGUGAGGCUUCUGGGCAAAAUAAUUCUUAAAGAUGGAAAAUGGAUCAUUCCACUAGAGUUUGUCUUCGGAGAGGACUUGGAGACCACCAUCUUCAAGGCGUCAAAGUCUAAAAUAUUGAUGACUCCAGCUAAUAAAGGCACAAUCAUUGUCGGCAUGUGUGAAGGGCUGCUUCAUCUACACUCCAGAGACAUUGUCCAUCAAGAUCUCAAGCCUGAAAACAUUAUGGUGGAGCAUAACACGAACAGAGCAGUAAUUAUUGAUCUGGGACUGGCCAAGUUCUUCAAACGUGGUCUAAACUCUGCAAUGGACAUGGGGAACGAGGCUUACUCGGCUCCUGAGGUGCUGCAGAGGGGUAGCCAGAGAGAUCAGCGUUCAGACGUCUGGGCCAUGGGAAAAAUCAUAGCUGAGCUCUGUGCCCGGAUUCGUCUGUACACACCCAGCGUCUGUCCUGACAAAAUCAAGGAUGUUUUAAAGGACCAACCAUACUGCCCUGCUGUGUGUAGGAUGGUGGAGCAGAAUCCAUCUCUGAGGGCCUCUAUGGGCGGGGUCAUUAGUGAUAUUCGAAGAGCUGCAGGAAUGGGCAUUGUCACCAACACACCCAUUCAAAAAGAUCAUCUUAAACCACCUACACCUCACUUUAAUGCCAGAAACCAGUCCCCAUCACCUCCGAACAGAGAUGCACAUCUGCCAAUCAGGGACCCAUCACCAAUCAAUCGAGCUGCAUCUCCGCUAAUCAGGGACUUAUCACCGAUAAACCGAGGUAUUUCUCCACUUAACAGGGAUCCAUCACCGUUAAACAAGUUUGACAUACAUCAGUCACCUAUGAAUAAGCCUACAGGGCUUAUUCAUCAGUCACCUAUGAAUAAGCCUACAGGGCGGAUAUUUGAACGUUCUCCUAGACCAGAGAUAAAACCUUUGCCUCGGACUGGAGUGCACCUUCCUCCUUCCCCACAGAGGCAAGAGGACAAGAACAAAAAUCACGAUCUGGCGCCGAAAGGUGGAUCAGAACUCGCACAGGACCUCAGGAAAAUGAAGUUGUUACACGAAGCUGCCAAGGAUCUUCCCUGCAACCUGCCAACGACAGGGAGGGUGGUGGUGCGGCGUUUUGAGGAGAAAAACGGGGAAAUGGGUUCAUGGGAGCAGACCGAGGUGGUAACUCGUGAUGGAAAGAUAGUCAAGUUUGAUGAUGUCAAGUUUAACAGCAAAUGAGAGUAUCUGGGAGAGUUACAAAAUAGUUGUAUGUUCACUCAGCUUAAAGAGUAGACUGAGUUUAGGUGCAGUGGACAUUGCAUGGAAUGUAACAGGAUAUUAUUUUUUUUUAAGGAAUUGAUUAGUUUUGAGUUAUUUCCAAAUUAAAACUUUCCAUUAGCAUAUGCUUAGUUCCAAAUUUAUUUUUAAAAAUAUCAAUUUCAAAUGCAAACCUAGAUGUUGUGGAUUUUGGUAUGCAUUAUGCUCACUGUAAGCUCUGUGAGUGAGACUUGUAAUGAGAUUAUCUCCAAUUGAAAAACUGAUAGUUAUAUAUAUUUUCCGUUGGCUAAAAUGUGCAAUGAUAAUUACAUAUGAAAUGUGUUUUGAUAGUUUUGGUUAAAUAAAUGACUGUGAGAAAUUAAGGGCAGGGAAUGUGGGUGUGGUAUACAGAAUGGGUCUGUGGUGUAUUGUCUUUUUUUUUUUU